CUCAGGCCAGUCAAAUCCAACCUUUUGUCUUCGGAAGGGUGGGCAGGCUUAUGUGCUCAGGAAGAAGCCCCAUGGCCCCCUUUUACCUAGAGCUCACGAGGUCAAUAGAGAAUAUCGUGUGCAGAAAGCCUUAUUUUCAGCUGGAUUUCCAGUGCCUGAGCCCCUGUUGUAUUGCAGUGACGUUUCUGUCAUUGGAACAGAAUUUUAUGUAAUGCAGCAUGUGCAGGGUCGCAUCUUUCGAGACCUCUCACUGCCUGAAGUGGGCCCAGCAGAGCGUUCUGCUUUGUAUAUCGCAAUGAUAGAAACUUUGGCCCUGUUGCACUCCUUUGAUUUACAGUCAUUGGGUCUCCAAGGAUAUGGUAGAGGACCAGGAUACUGCAGAAGACAGGUAUCAACUUGGAAAAGACAGUAUGAUGCAGCUGCUCAUACAGAUAUUCCUGCCAUGAACAAGCUGUCUGAGUGGUUAGCAAACAACUUGCCACCUGAUGAUAAUGAAGAAGGCCUGAUUCACGGGGACUUUAGAAUAGAUAACAUCAUCUUCCACCCAACAGAGGCUCGUGUUUUGGCAGUGCUGGACUGGGAACUUUCAACUGCCGGUCAUCCUUUAGCAGAUUUAGCAUAUGCCACUCUAUUCUACUUUUGGCCUACAUCUAUUAAGGACUUAGGUCAAGGAACCGUCUUGGGUUUCAAAGACACCGUAGAAACUCCUUCAUUUGAAGAACUAGUUUCCAUUUACUGCCGCUGCCGGGGUAUUAGCACUACUUUAUCCAACUUUAAUUUUUUUCUUGCUUUGUCAUGUUUUAAAAUGGCAGCAAUAUCCCAGGGUAUAUAUGCUAGAUACCUCAUUGGAAAUGCUUCUGCAGAGAAUAGUCAUGAAUUUGCUAAGAUUGUGAAGCCUUUGGCAGAGAGAGGGUUAGAGCUCUCAAAAAGGUCAUCUUUCAGCAGCACACAUCACAGCAUUUCUGGAGAGUUGUUCCAUCAAAGUAGGAAAGGCCAAGAAAUUCUGCUGAAGGUCAAGCAGUUCAUGAAGCAGCACGUAUAUCCAGCUGAGAAGGAAAUAAUAAAAUACUAUGCUGGACAUGGAAAUACUGAGGAAAAAUGGAACAAACCACCACUGCUUGAGAGACUGAAGGAAAUGGCCAAAGCGGAAGGUCUGUGGAACCUUUUUCUCCCAGAUGUCAGUGGUCUCAGCCAGCUUGACUACGCGCUAAUAGCUGAGGAGACAGGGAAAUGCUUCUUUGCUCCUGAGGUUUUCAACUGUCAUGCACCAGACACUGGAAACAUGGAGGUCCUGCACAUGUAUGGGACUGAAGAGCAAAAGAAAAAGUGGCUGGAGCCUCUCCUAGAAGGGAAGAUUAGUUCUUGCUUCUGCAUGACAGAGCCUGAUGUGGCUUCAAGUGAUGCCACCAAUAUGCAAUGCAGCAUUGAGCGAGAUGGAAGCAGUUAUGUGAUCAAUGGCAAGAAGUGGUGGAGCAGUGGUAAGUACGGAAACCCUAUAUAA